AUGGGUAACUCUACUUUUAGCAAUUCCAGCUGCUCCCCUGAACAAUUGAACUGCAAAGCCCACUGUAUAUCCAGCUGCUCUACGGAAUCUAGUGUUUCCUCUUCCUUUUCCUAUGAAAAAUCUUCCAUCACAGCCAAGUCAUCCUCCUCAGAAAAACCUCUGCCCUCCGUGCUCUUCUCUUCCUUCCGUUCAACUCGCAGUUAUGACAUUUGUGUCUGUCACAAUGAUAAGGACAUUGAUCAAGCACAGAGUUUGUCCUCUUUCCUGGAGGACCCUUCUAAAGGUCUGCGCUGUUACCUGCAGGAAAGGGACUGUCCACUAGGAGGUGCUGUGUCUUCUGAGCUCCUGCAGGCAGUGCAUGACAGCCACUGCUGGGUUUUGCUCAUCACUCCAAACUUUCUGAACGAUGGCUGGUGCUUGUAUCAGAUGCAGCAGGUCCUGUCUGAGGGGCCCAUGUCACAGAGGAUCAUCCCAGCUGUACUAAAUAUGCCCAUAUCUGAGCUUCCACAGGAACUGCGCUUUGUUUUUUCUGUGGAUUUAAAUAUAAACAAAGAGGCUGGCUACAAACAAAUGUACAAGACAGUCAUUCAUUAUUUGAAGGACAUGCUCGAGAAGGAAAUAUUCUGCAAAGUGUCUGAAAGCGGAGAUUAGUCACAUCCUAUGACUGCAUGCCCAUGGAGCAUCCACAAUCUGUUUACUUACUGUCUGAUGCAUAUUGCACAUAAAACUUGAAAGCACGAUCUAGCAAGCUCUAAUCAUAGUCUACUUGGAAACAAAGUUUGUGUGACGCAAAGUUGAUAUAAUUAUGGCACGAUGUGGGAGCAGCCUCAAGACAUGGGUUCUGGUCCCAAAGAAAGCAAGGAAUAAUCACGUUCACUUAAACCAGGGGUGCCAACACUUUUUUAUCUAAUGAUCUACUUUUAAAUGACCAACUCAAUAAGAUCUACCAACUAAAAAAAACACAGUUUCAUUUAAAAUAAGAAAAUGCUUGUUGAGACUACUGCAUGUAUCCCUACAUGGAAUUCAUCUUCUAAUUAAUAAAAAAAUAUAUAAUAAUGUUCAAUGUUGAUAUCAUUCAGUUUUAAAACUAAACCCAAAACACCUACAGCACAAUAGAUUACAAUAGCCAGGGCAUUUACCUUAUUCUGAUGACUUGCACUGAAUGAAAUCAGACAGUUUUGCCUAAUCCGGGCAGUAGUAU